AUGCAGUGGUUUGCCGGGAACGUAAAUACUGCGAUUCAAGUCUCGCGCAAGAAUGGUGCCUUAUUGAUUGUUUACAUCAACUCUGAUGAUGAAAAAGGCCGAAAAAUGAACGAUUUGUGGGAUCAGGUGGAUUCAACCAUCCUGGCCUGCCCCGUUGUUGGCAUUCGUUUGCAACAAGGCGAUCAGUCCGCUCUGCAGUUUGCGGAAAUUUGUGAGAUCAUAUAUAGUUGAAAAAAAUGAUGGAAUGAGGUUAAGAUCCAACUCCGAUCGUGCCAGCCAGUUAUAUAAUUGAUCAAGAAGGAAAGCCACUGGAAAUUAUAACCUUGCUUCAAGAUUUGUCCUACGAUUCUUUCCGUUCCAAGAUCAACAAAGCUGUUGAGGUGGUUUCAGAGGGAAGUCUUAACGAACUUUUUGAUUUUUCAGAAUUUCUCGAAGAAGAAGAGCUCCGCUGGCCCAGUUUCUCCUAAAAAGGAGGCUAAAGGACCUUCUGUUACAGUUCCUAGUCCGGCUCCGGUGGAUCCAGAUCUUGAAGAGAAGGUCAAAAGGUAUAGUUCUCGAGAAAAAUCACUUCUGACAUGAUAAUUUAAGAGCCAAGGAGCUUCUGGAGCAGAAAAAGAAGGCCGAGGCUGAAAGGAAGUUCAAAGAGGACAAGGAGAAGGAACUACAGCGCAUCAAGGACAUGAAAGCGAUGCAGGAAGCUGCGCAAAGUCGAAGGGAUAAGGUUUAAAAAAAAACAAUUCAGAUCAAAUUUUAUAAUAUUCAGGAGCUUAUUGAUGCGGCGGCACAGCGACAAAAAGAAAAAAUUGCAGCGGUGAAGGAAAAAGAACGCGUCAUGGCGGCGAUUAAAGCUGAUCGGUUUGAUUUUUGUGAAAAUUAUCCUAUUCCAAAAUAUUUUCUUCGAUUUUUUUUAGGUACAUUAUGCCGUGUUCAAAAUAAUUUUUCGGAAUAAAAUUUAGAUCUUUUCACUCUCUGAACUCUUUGAAGCAUGAGAGACAGCAGAAGUCAAUUUUUUUUUUGAAAAUUAAGAAAUUUGAAGCGUUCUACUCGAAUAAAAAGCAUAAGGAAGACAAAUAAUUUCUUAGAAUCUCAGAAAUUUUCGUAGGAAUCUCGUUUUUCUCACAAAAAUCCAUGUUUUGAAUAAAAAAAAUGCGGCUUUUUUCAGUGAAGAUGCUGAAUAUCGUCGUCGAAGAGCCGUUGCCGGAGGUGUCGUUACACCGGUGGAAGAGCCGGCAAAGCCGGAACCACCGAAACCGGUUCCCUCAGAUCGGUAACUUUCAAAACAUUCCUUAGGCUUUUUCAAAAAGUUUUUUCUGAUUCUACGACUUUUUUUGUACUUCUAUUACUUCUGAAUUUUUUUCAAGAGCUCUAUUGUCAAGGAAAGUUUGUGAAAAUAUCGUCAAACAGCAAUUUUUUAUAUACUCAGAAAGUCCAGAGUGGUCCCUAUAGGAGCAACCUUAAGGCCCUUGAAGGUUUCCCUUCAGGGACCACUUCUCCUCACUCUAUAGGGGCCCAUAAAGCUUGCAAAAGUGACCUCUCUAGGGGGAAAUUCUUGUCGAUAGUUGUAAAAGAAGCAUUUCCAUGCGAAAGAUAAAUUAGCGUAUUUUGAAUAGAAAAAAAAAAUCAAGUUCGUCUUUUUGAUUUUAAAAUCUGAACGAAAAAUUGAAGGACCCCCAUAGGGGCCAUUUGAGCAUUCCUAGCUUGGGACCAAAGCCUAAACUCCUAUAGAUACCACCAAAUUUUUACCUUUUAAGAUUUUUCCCCUCUGAUCCCUAUAGGGACCACUCGGCGGCUUUCAAGCUCAAAUUUGAAUUUCUAAAGAAAAUCAUGAUUUUUUUUUUCGCACUUUUUUCACUCAGAUCCAAUAUUUUAUCAAAUUUGAAGUUGCCGCGUUCAAGUACGCCUUCCUGAAGCCAGCCCCGUCGUCGAAGAAUUCCCCUCCACCGAUAAUUUGCACUCUUUAGUGGAGAUUUUGAAGCAGGUACUCGGAAAUAAUCUUCCAAAAUAUCGAAAUUCCUAGAAGAACCACGUUUCGGGCAACUUCCAACUGGCUCAGCUCUAUCCCAAGCGAGUUUUCACCGAUGAGGAACUCAAUAAAUCGUUUUUGGACCUUGCCCUAACGCCCACAUGUACCAUGGUCAUUGUUCAGGUUUGUCAGAAAAUAUUUUUUUGGAAAAAAAUAAUUUUUUUCAGGGUGAUAUUUAGAAAGGUUUAAUCUUUGUCUUGACCUUGAAUAGUGGUUUUAUCGACAUUUGAACCUAUUUAUUUAAAAAAGGUUGAUUUUCUUGAGAAUCUUGAUUUUUUUAAUGUUUAUAGAUCUCCAGAAAUUGUAAUUUUUUUAAUUUCUAUCACUUUUUAAAUAAUGAAAAAAAGUCUUUUAAUUGACUUUUUUUUCUCCAUUUUUUUCGCCAAAAAAAUGACCCAAGUAAUAAUUUUUUUCUAUUUUUUUAACAACCUUUUUCUUGCCCCCUGAGGGUCCAAAUUUCAUGAAUAUAGUAAUUUUCGUUUUAAAAUGCUUUGAAAUCAUAAAAAAACUUAAAUUUAUUCGUCAAUAGAAGUAUUUCUUCGAAUUUCGAGACUUUUUUUAAAUUUUUUUAUAGAAAAUCAGAGUGGUCCCUAUAGGGGUGACCCUGAGGGUCCUUUUUAGUCUUCCAAUCUGAAAAAAAAUUACGAAGGUUCCUAUAAGGACCAUUUGAGCCUUAGGGUCCAGACUUGGAACCCCUGUAGAGGCUACCUACCAUUUAUCCCUAUAGAGGGCGCUUUUUUGAUUUCUGGAGGCCCCGUUUUCCCCCCUGGCGUUCAUGAGUUUUCAUCAGAUUAAAAGUGUACAAUAUCUCCAUAUUUAAAACUUUUCAAGACUUGAAUUUUUUCAGAAACGCUCUACGAACAGUGUGAUGAAGUACCCGGGCAGUGGACUGAUCACACUUUUGUCCAUGUUCCUUUUGGCCCCGUUCCAAUACGUUUGGAGUUACAUUUCCCUGUUUCUCAUCGGUGGAAAGAAGUCUGCCGCUGCGGAGGCCAAGAAAAACGACCAGCCGAGUACUUCUGCGGCCUCCGGAGAUGCUCAAAGAACGAGGAGGAUCCCUGGAGAAGCCACCGUCCGUAGGGUCAGCUUUAGUAGUCAUUUAGGAUAUCAAUAAGUUGAAAAAAUUGUUUUUAUUUAUCCUCCAAGUUCUUUGGUUCUAUUUGAUUCAAUAAAGUCAGGCUCUCAAGGGAAAAAUGGAUAAAGUCCUCUCGAUUCGUGCAAUUGAAGUAACUCCAAGGGAAAAAAAUUUUUCUUGAAAAUUGAUUUUUGAGUAAAAUUUACCCUCGGACAAAAAAAUAAUUUUUCAGAAAAAAAGUCAGCUUUAGUAAUCAUUUAUUGUACUGUGAAAAAUAAGAAAUGUUUAAUUUUUUUCUCUACUUUUUUUAGUUCAAUAGCUUUUUAUAUAAUCAUUCUCGGAGAGAACGGAGAUAAUUUUAAAAAAAUUCCACAAGAAAAAAAGAUCUUUUAAACUUUUCAUUUUACGCUCCCUUUGAUAAAAAAAUGUCUUGAAAAGAUUCAGAAAAAGCUGAGAAAGAUGUUUCUCCAUUUUUUUUUUGGAUUUUUUUUUUUCGCAGACCCUUUCAAAUUUUCCCAUGUUGCUUACAAGGGAGGUCGCUUCAUUUCGGGUUUGGGAUUUCUUGGAAAAUUGGCCAGAAUGCUUCUUGAAGUACCUGGUGAUGGUCCUGAAAGAUUCAACCUGCACAACUUUCUAGUUUUUGAGAAAGGAGAUGUCGAAAAAACCUCAAAAUUUAUUAAAUUAGGCUUUUUUGGGACUUUUUAGCCCUUAUUUUUCGAAAACUGGGAAGUUGUGGAGGUUGGAACUUUCAGAAACUUUUUCUAGUAUGCUAGGGAUUUUUGAGAAAAUUCCCAACCAAAAAGUGAAAUUAUCUUCCUUUUGUGAGAGCUCAGAAAUUUUUUUAUAUUUUUAGAUUUUUUUAAUUAAAAGAUCUUUUAUAUCUUUUUUUCUUGACCCUAUUCUAAUAUUUUUCUUAUCCAAUUAUUUCUUUUUUUCAGCGCGGAAACGUCAGCGGCCUCCACAACACGAACGGCGACGAACCCGAGGACGAUGAUAAAAACGCGAAUUGGAAUGGAAAUUCCACUCAAUUUUUCUAA